GUUGCUUGGCAACGAUUUAAAUGGCCAAUUGCUGCUACUAACGUCGGCUGCUACUAAAUCUCUCUGAAACUAUCGUAUUUUACCAUUUCUAAGAAUCCUUCUGUUCCUCUCCCUGCUCUCCCCAACUCUCUCUUUCGUCCAUUUUAUCAAUCACUAAUCUCAUAUAUCAGUCGAAGAGAUCUUCGAUCUCUCUCUAUCAACAACAAUCACGCUCUCAUAUCCUGUUUGUUUCGUUCUGCCGUUUCCUCAUUCUAAAUUCCCAUACCUUCCUAAAUUAUUUUCUUUAAACCACAAUUAUUAAUGUCACACCUGAAUACAACCGGUUUUAAAAGAGAAUACUUGCCACAUAGAAAACGUGGCACAUCUCUCUCAUAAAUAAACAUUACAGCUGGCAUUACCAGCGAAGAACACAAGAGAUUGCUGUAGUGUCUUUUUUGAUCGCUUCUUCUUCGAUUGUUCCUUAAAUUUCACGGAGUUCCACCAACGAACCAACGUCUCCAGUAAACGAUUUAAUAAUUAACCUAGAAAUUGCGUGUUGGUUUGUUGUUGUCUGUGUUUCGUACGAUUGGAAGAUGUUUUUGGUGCUGCUGACAAUUCUGGUGUUUGCUGGACACAUAAAUGGUGAAGAGGAGUUCUCAUUCCGUCGUGUCACUUUGGUCUCCGAUGCCGACAAAUUCAAAGCAGCCGACGGAUUUAAAAUGAUUUACCACAUCGUUAAUUCAGUUAUUCCUACAUAUGAACGCAAGGAAGAUUUUUUUGAAAUGUUUGAAAAUUCUGCUGACGUCCUUCAGAACUAUGAUUUCAAAGUUGGCAUUAUUGAUUGUUCCACCGUCAAAGACAAUGAGUGCAAUGAACCAAAAGUGAACUCAAAGGUAUUUUUAUACAAUGGUGACGAAAUAUGGGCCGAUGUCCCUCUUGCUAACAUGCUCGAUGUGGAUUCAGUAGUGUCCAAUGCCUUGCUAAUUCCACUUUUAGAUGAUUUUGAAAUAAUUUACACUCGAAUAGAACGUCUUGAAGUGGUAGCGCCACUCCAAGGCUUUAAAAACGUCAUCUUUGGCUAUUUAUUUGCUAUUGGAACAAAUGUCCACAGAGUCCUUUUGGAACUGGCUUAUAUUUACAAGCAGCAGAUCCAGUUUAUGCUGACCACCACCCAACGAACAAUUUCAGAUUUGGAACAACAUCCAAAAGAUAACAGCACAAUGAUAUGGUUUUUCCUGUGCAAAGACAGCUCUGAUACAGAACCAUUUGGUGCAUGUCCCACUGUCCUCUAUCGGGGAAACGUUUCGUUCGCUUCCCUUGCCUCGGCCAUCAAACUCGUGAACGGACCCAAGCAUUAUUAUCUCCCUGAAAAUGAAUCCAGUGUCCCAUGUAAUGUUUCAAAUUGCCUCUAUUUAUUCCAUUCAAAAGAAAAUAAAGCUGAUGUGGAGAAUAUCGCCGAAUCAGUGGUGACAAUGUAUUUAGGGGUCGUGGCUGUUAUUUUAGUUGACGUGGAUUCCAAACAUCUUAACAGUUACCUCUACUUUACAAAAACGACACCUUCUGCAGCCAUUUCUUUUGCUGGACAAAAUGGAAAAACUUUCAUGGACACAUCUUUUUCUAAAGUGUCUUUGAUGAAUUUCCUCCAAGGAUACGUAGCCGGUUCCGUAGUCAAACAAGAACCCUUAAUUGAAGAACAAGAGGCAUUAGAAGAGUUUGCUUAUUCUGUCAAUGACGACGAAGUGUCCAAUGUUGUGUACAGUAACAGAGAUGUGGAAUAUGACAAUAUAGUGACCACCCUCACAGACCAAACAUUUGCAGAUCUGGAACAUUCAUCUCAGCUGACACUGGUCAUCUUCUAUUUGCCAUAUAACCCUGUGUACUCAGCACUUUUACAACAUUUGCUGGAAUGGAAGCAAAAAUAUGGUUCAUUCUACCCGCAUCUUUCGGUUGCUCGUUUUAACUGCUUUGACUGGACAGAUGUCUGUGAGAAGCAACAUAUUAUUCACACACCUACGCUGCAACUAUUUGGUCAGAAACAGGGCCUAUCAACCUCAAAGACUGCUAUCAAUUACACAGGAGCUCUUCAUGCAACAGACGUUAUGGCUUUCUUGUAUUUACACCAUUUUAAUGAAACCGUCCACCUGAAAGAAGCAGACAUACCCAGUCUUCUAAGUGGUCAGUUUCAGGGUAUAGCUAACAUUACAUCCCGUUGCCUUCUUGGAUUGUUUUCUGAAGAUUCUGAAGAGUUGAGAAACUUUUCAAGAGCAGCAAAGGAAAACAGAGGGACGGCAUUAUUUACUUUCCUGACAGGAGACGCUGCGAGAAAAUUUGCAAAGAAAAAUGGAGUGAAUAUUCCUUCUGUUAUGGCCAUAAGAUGGAGUGAUCUUUUGCAGCCCAUUUCCUACCUCUCUCCUCCAAUAACACCAGAAACAGUGUCACAGUUUGCUGAGACUUCUAAAGUUGAAAAAUUUGGUGAACUGACACCAGAAAUCCUGCCUUAUAUUCACCGUUUGGGAAAACCAUUAAGCAUUUUCUUCUGGAAACCAUCAGACACUUGUGAAAGUGCUUUUGCAGAAGUGAAAAAAGUUUCCCAAUCGGUUAAAUCACAAGAUAUAGUUUUCACCUGGCUCAAUCUAGCAUCAAAGAUGUCUGAUCAUUUCCAAAUUCAGUUAUUUGAAACUUAUUUUCAAGCUCCUGCUGUUCCUGCUUUAUCUAUGGUUUACUUCUCUGAGCAUGCUGUUUAUAACUAUGAAGAUGGGAAUUUCUCAGAAGAAUCGGUUUUGGAAUGGAUGGAGAAGCUGAGGGAAAAGAGACAUGAAAUUAAGUCAUCGUAUGACAUGGAAUACAGCAACUGGAAACCAGCUCUGAAGAGUAUCAACUUUCUAAAAGACCAUCCUUUUAUGCCACUGAAAGAAACAACAACAACAACACCAAUGGCAGGAAAUGGAAAGAAAGACUCUGCUUCCUAUCCGCAAGAAUCAACAGACAUCAGCAGACAUGAAGAACUCUGAGCUCGGAACCUGGAACACUUCAACAACAAUGCUUUCUGAUCUCAUCUUUUGGUUUUAUAUAUAUAUAUAUAUGUAUAUGUAUAUUAUAUAUAUAUAUAUAAAGAUAUGCAUGUAUGUGUGUGUAUAUGUAUAU